AUGGAGCGGCCGGAGCCCCCGCCCGGCACGGCGGCGGCCGGGCAGGAGGAGCAGGAGCUGCGGGAGCGGGCCUUCUUCUCGUGGGCCGAGUUCAGCCGCUUCUUCGAUGCGUGGUGCCAGCAGCGGCUGGCGCUCUUCUUCGUCAAGAGCUCCAUGCACCUGGCGCGCUGCCGCUGGGCCAGCGCGCCCCCGCUCUACACGCUCAUCGACGUGCUCAAGUACAGCUACGUGCGGCUGGUGUGCAAGGACGUGCGCGCACCCAGCCGGCCGGCCGUGGGACUGGACAGGAAGACUGAUGUUGCAAGAACAAGCUCACAGGUAGUUCCUUCCAACUGUGUAAUGCUUCGAGGAGCGGGCGGCGCGGCCGCGGAACGCCCUUCCGUGGUGGGACUGUUCUGUGGUUCCGCUGCCCGGCAUGGUAGCCCCCGGCCGCGGGUUGCUCUUGAGCGCCCGAAAGGUGCCCUGGACGCCAAGGAACCGAAUGUAUCUUACGUACUCGAAGUGCGCCGCCUCAGCCCCUCGCGCAGCGUCGCGCAGUGCCUCCGCGACCUGGUGGCCAUGCAGUGGGCCGACGCGGCCGGAGAGGCAGCGCCUGAGGGCCCUGACGGAGGGGGGGCGUGGCUGGAGGGCGAGCCCGGGCAGGGGACCCUGGUGGAGCGCGGCCGGGCAAGGAGCCUGGAGACCGGCGACUGGAGAAAGGCUCCAAAAGAGGGAAGUGUUUGGAGGGGGGCCCAGGUGGAGAAGGCGUGGGAAGGAGGGCUGGGGACCAGAGACCGGAGUGGCGGCGGGGUUAAGUUAGAAGGCGAGAAGGGCAGGGCGUUGCAGGUCAGAGAGUGGAGAGAGGGUCAGCUGGAGAACCAGAAGGCGAGGGGACUGGAAGGGAGCGUCUGGAGAGGGCCCCUCUUGGAGAAAGGGCUCUUGAGAGGGCCAGAGGUCAGGGACUGGAGGGGGGCCCAGGCGGAGGGCGAGAAAGACUGGAACCUGGAAGGUUGUGUCUGGAGGGGGGUCCAGCUGGAGGAACAGGAGCUAAGAGGACUGGAUGGGUACACUCGGAGGACGGCCCAGCUGGAGGAACGAAGGAAUUGGGCACUGGAGGCCGCAGGGCGCAGGGGGACCCAGUCUGAGUAUGGAAGAACCAGGAGUUUGGACGGGAGCCCCUGGAGUAGGGAGCAGCUGCAGGAAGAAGGGGCAAGUGGGCCGAAAGCUGGGGAGUGGAACGGGGCCCAGUUGGAAACGGAGAGGGGGCUGGAGGUCAGAAGCUGGAAGGAGGUCGCUUUGGAGAGAUCCCUGGAGUUGGUCCCUGAGAACGCAGACCAAAGGGGGCCUCAGUGGGGAGAUGAGAGGAGGAGAGGUCCCGAGGUGGCAGAGGAGAAGGGAGAGAGGGUGGGGGUCAAAAGGAGGAGAAGCCUGGAGGACGUGGUUCUGGUCCAGCUGGGGGACACAAGGGUUCCGGGCAUGGAGAACGGAGACGGCGGGGCAGCCCGGUCUGUGGCCCCCAAGAGCCAAGCAGGACAGGCAACGGAGUGGGGAGAUGGGGGAGGGAGGUGUCUGGGGCUGGGGGAUGGAGUCGGGUGCGGCACCCCCGUGGGGACUGUCUUUGACGGCAGUCCAGAAUGGGCAGCCGCAAGUGACCACCUGGCCGCGGGAGAGAGCCCGCAGGAAGGAGGCAAAGGGGAAGGCCCCAGGGAACCAAAGAGGCUCUGCCGCUCCUCGGGAGAGGAAGAGCUGGACUGGGAGCCCCUGGCCAAAUUCCGAGCAGCCUGUGGGCCUGAGCUGGCAGACCUGGUGGCCGAGGAGCUGGCCUUUGCUAGGCUGCACGGCACCCGGGGCUUCCACUGGACCGGAGCCGGCUUUGCCCUUAAGGACGGCACCUCGGACUUCUUCCUGGACGGGGCCCUGACACGCUGCAGCUGCUCCAUCCACGCCGCCCGCCGGCUGCCCUGCCGACACCUGUUCGCAGCGCGCCUUCUCACCGGGGCAGCCUUAUUCCACAUGGACCUGCUCAGGGAUUGCUGGGGGAGAGCACCAGAGCCCUGACCCUUCGGGCCUCUGCCCACCACCCUCCACUGCGAGGGCGGAGGGCAUUCUUCGAUCCCAAAGAUUAACAGGGCUGAGGCCAAGGAGACCACCUC